GAGCAUCUAAACAGCUAACCAUGGCUCAUUUCACAUACAGCAGACUGUCGCAUUUACUGCGAAUAUUUGCUAAUAAACAAUCGAUUUUACGAACGGGGACAGAAAUAAAACCGGGACCUGCCUGUUGUGUCCAGUUAACACGCUGCCACAGGUCAGUGGACAGUAAGGCGCUUCAGGAGCGGCAGAAGCAGCAGAUGGCGAAAGGUCUUCCCAAACAGAAGCCCAUCACGGGGGUCAAACAGGUCAUCGUCGUGGCUUCAGGGAAAGGUGGCGUGGGCAAGUCCACCACUGCGGUGAAUUUGGCUCUUGGAUUAAUGGCCAAUGAUCCGCUGAAGUCAGUUGGUCUGUUGGAUGUUGACGUUUACGGUCCGUCGAUUCCCAAACUGAUGAACCUGAAGGGAAACCCGGAGCUCAGUGACAACAAUCUGAUGAUCCCUCUUACCAACUACGGGGUGCCAUGCAUGUCGAUGGGGUUCCUGGUGGACGAAGUGGCUCCGAUCGUGUGGAGGGGGCUGAUGGUGAUGUCAGCGUUAGAGAAACUGCUCAGACAGGUGGACUGGGGGACGUUGGACUAUUUGGUCGUUGAUAUGCCUCCUGGGACAGGAGACGUCCAACUGUCAAUCUCCCAGAACAUCCCAGUUUCCGGUGCGGUCAUCGUGUCGACGCCACAGGACAUCGCUCUGCUCGACGCUCGAAGAGGAGCCGAGAUGUUUAAGAAAGUUAACGUGCCGGUUCUCGGUCUGGUGCAGAACAUGAGCGUCUUCCAGUGUCCCAAAUGUAACCACCAGACUCACAUCUUCGGCUCUGACGGGGCCCGACAGCUCGCAGACACUCUGGGAGUCAAACUUUUAGGUGACAUUCCUCUUCAUCUCAACAUCAGAGAGAUGUCAGACCAAGGAAAACCUGUGGUUGUCUCCUCGCCAGACAGCCCAGAGGCGGAGGCUUACAAAAAGGUGGCGUCUGCUGUGGUCCAGAGACUAGAGGAAGUCAACACGUGAUUGAUAUGAAGCGGAAGCGCACAUGAAGACACUUAUGACAUGUGACACACAGACACUUACAAAACAAAACAGAAAAAAACAUGUGACACACAUUUAUGUAAACAUACAAAACGUCUUUGCUGUCAUUACGCACAAUAAGUUAAAUCCAAAGCACUACUGUCUGUAUUCUGUGUAUUAGUACUACAGUGUUACUGAAUAAAUGUGAAUCAUUUAGCUGUGUGAUGAUAUGUUACAAAACUGGGCUUUUUGUUUAUGAAUUUUAAAAUAUAUUAUUAAAAUAUUUGAAAUAA